AUGUUUAUGUUUUGGACCUUUAUUUUGAUGGCAUGUGUCCACAAAGCAGUAUGUUUAGACAGUUCACCAUUACCAAGCCUACCACCUGGAGAGGCUCCUGAGCCAAUUCUUACGUUCAUGGAAAAGACCUACAAGCCUGGUAGGAUGAGGGCCACCUUUGACGCGGGUUCCCCUCUCCUCCUUACUCCUUACAUUGAAGAGAAUCGACUAGAGGAGGGCAGAAAAGCUGCGUAUGUUGACCCCGCGUAUUUGCUGCCUGGUAUGGAUAGUUAUGCCGGAUAUUUAACGGUUUACAAAGAAUACAAUGCGAAUCUCUUUUUCUGGUAUUUCCCUGUGUCGGGUAAAUCGAUUGAAGAUACACCUUGGAUCAUUUGGCUUCAAGGAGGGCCUGGCGCGUCUUCCCUCUAUGGGUUAUUUACAGAAAUCGGCCCUUUCUAUGUAACUGAAAAUAAUAACUUGGAAGAAAUGCAGUAUUCAUGGGGCAAGAACCACUCGCUGCUCUUCAUCGAUAAUCCCGUCGGCACUGGGUUCAGUUUUACUGAUGACGACAGAGGAUAUGCAACUAACCAGACUACGAUCGGAGAAAACCUCUACGCAGCUUUACAGCAAUUCUUGACAUUGUUCCCCGAUCUCCGCAAGGCGCCGCUUACAAUCGCUGGUGAAUCAUAUGCUGGUAAACACAUACCUUCACUUGGCAUUCAAAUUCUAUCUCACAAGAGUGAGGAUGAGCCCAUUAAUCUCCACGGUUUAGCUAUCGGAAACGGUUUCAUAGAUCCUUUAUCACUUCAGAAGUACAGCCAUUUUGUUCGUGAAAUCGGGCUUGUUGAUGACCGUAUAGCAAACUCGAUGAACCACCUCGAAACAGCUGUCACUCAGUUCAUCAAUAAUGGAGAGAUGGUUAAGGCUUAUGCUUAUUACAACUACCUACUCCAGUUGUUCUUGUCGGAAUCACAUCUUUGGAACUUAUAUAACUAUCUAAGAGACGAUAUUGAUUUGGACGGCGCCUAUAUGGAUUACAUCCAGAACAGUGAGGUACGGAAGGCGUUGCACGUCGGUAACACGAAUUUUACAUCUAUAGGAGUCGUAUACAGGAAAUUGGUACCUGAUUUUAUGGGCAGCUCUAAAUCGUGGCUAGAAGAGCUGUUAGAAAAUUAUAAGGUUAUGCUGUACAACGGUCAUCUCGACAUUAUUGUGGCAUACCAUCCUUCUGUCAAUACAUACAAUUCUCUAUCAUUCUCCGGAACACAAGAAUUUAAUAAAACGAAACGCUUACCCUGGUACCACGAUGGCAAAUUAGCUGGGUACUAUAAAGUAGCUGCCAAUCUCACAGAGGUAAUGAUCCGAGGUGCAGGACACAUGGUACCAGCGGACAAACCAGCAGAGGCCCUUGGACUCAUCUCAGCGUUUGCCCGAGGAAUCACACUGGAUGAUGAUACUGGCAGUCUUGUAGAAUCAGAAAAAAACUCAGUACGACGACGUCAGCUGCCCCUCGUGUAA